UAUAGUCUCUCAUUGCGGGUCUUAUCAUCUUCAUCUACGUCUCCUUCCUUAUAUUAUGACAUAACUUUGGCUUUGUAAACUUGCGUAGCCUACUAAUUAAAAAAAUUGUGAGCUAAACAUAAAGAAGAACACGAAACUCUCUGUGUCUUCUCUCUUUCUUUCUCACUGUGUUUUUUAUAAUUAAGCUCUAAUGGCGAAUCAGGUAAAAGAGAGGACUUUAGAGCAGACCUCUACGUGGGCAGUUGCUGUGGUUUGCUUCGUGUUACUAUUCAUUUCCAUUGUCCUUGAACAUUCCAUUCACAAAAUUGGAAGCUGGUUUAAGAAGAAGCACAAGAAGGCUCUUUAUGAAGCUCUUGAAAAGAUCAAAGCAGAACUUAUGCUCAUGGGAUUCAUAUCACUACUCUUAACAAUCGGACAAACACCAAUCUCAAACAUCUGCAUCUCCCAAAGCGUUGCAUCAUCAAUGCACCCUUGCAGCGCCGCUGAUGAAGCUAGAAAAUACGGCAAAAAGGUUCCCGCUAAACAAGAAGACGAUGGUGAAGAAAAUUCCGGUCAUAGAAGACUUCUCCUUGAUUUAGCUGAGUCUUACAUCCAUAGGCGAAGUUUAGCCACCAAAGGUUAUGACAAAUGCGCUGAAAAGGGUAAAGUGGCUUUUGUAUCUGCUUAUGGUAUCCACCAGCUUCAUAUAUUCAUCUUCAUCCUCGCGGUGGUUCAUAUUAUCUACUGCAUUGUUACUUAUGCUCUCGGAAAGACCAAGACGAGGAGGUGGAAGCACUGGGAGAAUGAGACCAAGACAAUAGAAUAUCACUAUUCCAACGAUCCUGAGAGGUUCAGGUUUGCCAGAGACACAUCUUUCGGGAGAAGGCAUCUCAAUUUCUGGAGCAAGACGAGUGUUACGUUAUGGACUGUGUGUUUUUUCAGACAGUUCUUUGGAUCUGUCACCAAAGUUGAUUACUUAGCUUUGCGGCAUGGUUUCAUCAUGGCGCAUUUGGCUCCAGGGAGUGAAAGAACAUUCGAUUUCCGCAAGUAUAUUCAGAAAACAGUAGAAGAAGACUUCAAAACAGUAGUCGAAAUCAGUCCGGUUAUCUGGUUUGUCGCCGUGCUAUUCCUCUUGACCAACACAAACGGAUUACAUUCUUUCCUGUGGUUACCAUUCAUUCCACUUGUCGUGAUUCUAGUAGUUGGAACAAAGCUUCAAGUCACUAUAACCAAAUUGUGUCUAAGAAUCCAAGAGAAAGGUGAUGUGGUGAGAGGUGCCCCUGUGGUUCAGCCUGGUGAUGAUCUCUUUUGGUUUGGCCGCCCUCGGUUCAUCCUUUUCCUUAUCCAUUUGGUUCUUUUCACGAAUGCAUUUCAGCUUGCUUUCUUUGCCUGGAGUACGUAUGAAUUCACCCUCAGGAAUUGUUUCUAUGAGAACGAUGCAGAUGUGGUCAUUAGAAUUGUAGUUGGAGUUGUUGUACAAAUACUUUGCAGCUAUGUUACUCUUCCACUCUAUGCUCUUGUCACUCAGAUGGGUUCUACGAUGAGGCCAACGGUGUUCAACGAAAGAGUAGCCACAGCGAUAAAGACAUGGCAUCACACGGCAAAGAAGCAUACAAAACACGGAAAACACACUGAAUCAAACACACCUUACACUAGCCGUCCAACUACACCAACUCAUGGCUCAUCUCCAUUGCAUAUUCUUAAUAACCGAAGUGUUGAGACUUUACCGAGUUCUACUUCUCCUAGAUACUCUGAUCAUCAUGACCACCACCAGUUUUGGGAUCCUGAGUCUCAAUACCAAGAAGCUGGACCUUCCACACAUCAUUCUCUUGCGCACGAAAGCUCGGAAAAGCAACCUGUUCUUGGUUCCGUGGAACUUCCUCCUAUACGGACUACCAAAAGCUCAAGAGAUUUUUCCUUUAAGAGGUAGAUGGUUCUUGAUUUACGUAUGUUAUACAUUAUUACAUGUAUGAGACCUGCACCAUCUAUAAAGAUAGAUGAUUACAUUCA